GACUUUGCAGCUGUGUGCUUAGCCUUGUUUUUUCAUGAGCAGUUAUCUGUUUUAAUGACAGGUGGUCACUAGCUGCCAAGAAAAAAUUCAGCACUGGAAGAAAGUGGAAAGUGACUAUGAAGCUCUUCAAGAACGACUUAGCACGUUGCCUGACAAACUCUCAUAUGAUAUCAUGGUACCUUUUGGUCCCCUUGCUUUCAUGCCUGGAAGACUGGUUCAUACUAAUGAAGUCACUGUUCUUCUUGGAGACAAUUGGUUUGCAAAAUGUUCAGCAAAGCAGGCCAGCACUGUAGUGGAACACAGAAAAAAACACGUAAGGAAAAUGUUGAGUGAUUUGCAGAAAGUCAUGAAGAAUUUUGAAUCCAGAGUUGAAUUUACAGAAGAUUUACAGAAGAUGAGUGCUGAAGCAGGCGACUUCGUUGAUAUUAGAGAAGUAAGCGAAAGUAGUGACAGUGAAACGAAAGGAAAACACAGAACUGCUCACAAACCUCAUUCAAAACCAAAACCAUUUGCUUUUGAGGCAAAUCUUCACGAAAAUGGAGCUGAUGAAAAAUCCAGCAGGGACUUGAAAUCAGAAGAAGAGCUAUGGGCCAGGCUUGAUGAACUUGAGAGGCGAGAAGAGAUCCUUGGUGAACUUGACAGGAUUUCUGAUGCUGUUGAGGCAAACGGAGAAGACGCUUCUUCCUCUGAAGAAGAGAAAGAAGACAAAACGAAAAAUGUGAAUGUGGUUCAUGAAAAAGAAGAACCGAAUACUCAGGGCAACUUUCAAAAAGACGCUACCAACUCUGAAUUGUUCAGAGGUCCAGUUAAUGGCUCAAAUCAUUAUUGCAGUGAUGAUGAGGAUGAUCUAGCCAUUGCUGAGAAUGCUGUACCGACCAUAUAUUUCUCCCACACUGUGGAACCUAAAAGGGUACGAAUAAACACAGGGAAAAAUACGACUUUAAAAUUCAGUGAGAAGAAAGAGGAGGCAAAACGGAAACGGAAGAAUAGCAACGGUAAUGGACACUCAGCUACAGAAUUGCCCAACAUCAAAACACCAGCAGAUAUUUACCGAAUCUUUGUUGAUGUUGUGAAUGGAGAAUAUGUCCCUCGUAAAUCAAUUCUGAAGUCGCGAAGCCGGGAGAAUAGUGUUUGUAGUGAUACCAGUGAGAGCAGCGCUGCUGAGUUUGAUGACAGACGAGGAAUUCUGAGAAGUGUGAGCUACGAUGAAGCUACCUACAGUGAUAACAGUGAAGGAAUCUUAGAAGAAGAGGAAGAAGGGGAGCAGGAAUAUCUUUCGAGAAAACUGUCAUCCUUGACAGGAACCUGUGAGGCUUUCUUGGGGACUGUUGUUGAGAAGGAGCCUUUGUCUGGUGCUUCUGUGCCACACCCAGUGAUUGCUCACCCCGUCCUGCCUACCAUCCCAGAGCGAAAAGCGGAGGAAGUCCUCUCGGAAGCUUCAGAAGAAACUGCAAAGAGGGUGUCAAAAUUCAAAGCGGCCAGAAUGCAACAGAAAAACUAGGUCCCACUUAGACAAUGGAAGUUGGGUUUUCAUGCCCAGUGCAGAUGGCUUUCAUCUAGUUAAUAAAAUGGCAACCUGUGUUGAUUUGAUAUUGUUCAUGUUUAGACCUCUUGUUGUGGUAUUUCUUUCUUUUUUUAAAAUCUUUACGGAAACACUUCAAACUUCUUAUUUUCUUAAUGCUCCUGUAUGUAGUCAGCACCUUUGUACUUGUUUGCCUUACGAUAACAGCACUUGGAAUAAUUUUCAAAAGAAUAAUCUUCAUAAGGCUUUUUCUGUGUAUGUUUAAACCUAAAUACAGGCAGUUUUGUACCAGAUGUGAUGUUCAACAUACCAUAUGGGUCGUUUGAAAGAAACUUUGCAGCUUUCAAAUAGAGCCAACAAUUAUAUUUCAUUACUUGCUUUAGCAUUUUAAGACUCACUCAUAUCCCCUAUUUUUUUGUAGGAUUUGCUUUUAGGUGUCUGUGCUGACGAAUCACUUCUUUCCUACUAGCAUAAAAGCCUCUGAUAUUUUCACUUGUAUCGAAUCUGUGAAACAGAAUGCAAUGUUCACAUAACUUUGCAGGGAUCUUUCUUUGAUGGGAAAAAAAGGUAUUUUGUAAAAUUGAACUUUUCAAUUAAAAAAAGACAAGAAAUGACGCAACCAAAA